AUGGAAACAUUGAAAGUUCCUGAGAACGGGAUCAUGGCCUGUCCACCUGCAUCAUUAGGCAGAGUCCCUGAAGAUGAUCCGCCAGAAUAUUCCGUAUUUAGUUCGCGGCAGCGAGCCAUCAUCAUCGCCAUUGCCAGUAUCAUUGGCCUUCUUAGCCCUUUGAGUUCGAACCUAUACACGCCCGCCAUCCCCUCGAUCGCGGACGACCUGGGCGUCUCGAAGGGGUCAAUAAACUUGACCGUCACAUCCUAUCUCGUACUUCAAGGCAUCAGUCCAAUGCUCUGGAGCACAAUAGGAGACCGCGUCGGCCGACGACCCCUCUACCUCAUCACCCUUCUUGUAUACCUAGGUGCAUGCAUUGGGCUCAGCUUUUGUCGAUCGUUCGGGCUUAUGAUCGGUCUACGCGCCAUACAGGCAAUCGGAUCGUCGCCCACCACUUCCAUUGGCGCAGGUGUCAUUGGUGACCUGGUGGAUUCGAGACGGAGGGGCAGGUACAUGGGUUUCUACAGUGCUCUUGGUGGCUUCGCCACCGCCUUCGGCCCAGUCCUUGGUGGUGUCUUUGCUCAGUACACAGGAUGGCAUGGCAUCUUUUGGUUUCUACUUGCAUUGACAAGCAUGCUGCUACUCAUCACAGUGUUAGUGAUGCCGGAGACGAAAAGAAGCAUCGUUGGGAAUGGCCAAAUAGAGUGUUCGCCGUAUUGGCGGCCCCUAUUUCCGUAUUUGGACGCUCCUAAGCAAAUCAAGAGAGUCGAGAAGAUCAACCAUUCCACAGUUGGCUUUCUUCCUAUUGGGUUUCGGCUGUUGGCAUCUCCAGAGGUCUUCUGCUGUGUUGUCUUCACCGGUGUGUGUUACGCUGUGUGGCAAAUGACCAUGGUAGCGGCUGCCACUCUAUAUUCAGAGAGGUACUUUCUCCAGGAGCGAGAUAUCGGACUGACAUACAUCUCGAAUGGCGUGGGUUCUCUCUGCGGGAGUCUGAUCACCGGUAAAGCUCUUGAUUGGCAGUACUCGAAACAGAUGAAACAUCAGAACAACGAGAGUGAUACAGUGCAAGACAAAAUCGACAACAUCGAGCGAGCCCGUAUAUUUCCUCUCAUACCGCCGACAAUACUCUAUAUCAUAUCUGUUCUUGGGUUUGGCUGGGCAGUCGAUGUUCGGGGCCAUGUUAGCGUGCCUAUAAUACUGGGUUUCUUUGUCGGAGGGUUCGAUACUUGCAUCCUUGCUGGCUUCUCAACCCUAGUGGUCGACCUGUUCGAAAGUCAAUCAUUCAGCGUGACCGCCACGAUGAAUCUAUCGAGAUGUCUCUUAGCCGCUGGCGGAACUUCUCUCAUACAGCCUCUGAUAGAAAGACUGGGGGUUGGAUUCGCAUUCACUGUGUGCGCGGCUGGCUGUGUGGCUGUUUGCCCACUUGCUGCAGCUGAGCUAUUUCGGGGAAAGCAUUGGCGACAUAAACGAGCCAAAGAUCAGUGA